UUUCCAACGUGGGCUCUCCUCAAUUGGAGACCACAAGCUUUGUAAUCCAAUCCGUCUCUGGUGUCUCUUUCCCUCUAUGAUUACGGGAACCGGAAGUAAUUGAGAGGAAUCGGUGAAGCCGCAGAGACCCCCGUUCGGAUCGCAAUCCCUCCUGGUGAUUAGCUUUUGUUUAACUUGGUUGGAUGCAAACCUCUUUGCCGUUUUAGCUCUGUUGCCCAAUUAUGACACUAACGUGAGAAGGUUUUUCUUGGAGGGUUGUACUCCAAGAAAUGGAGAGUUAUGAUCCUUCCACUAUGGACGAGCUAUCCAGUUCUGGACGAAAGAUCAUCCUUCACCCCUUCUAUGUCCCGAAUUCAUCGCCUUAGUUUGAUCUGAGGGUAUUUUAUGUGAAGGGAUAGGGUCGAUAAUAGAUCAGAGGAAGCCACAUUUGUGAGCACAGAUAGGGUCGAUAAGAGAUUGUCUGCUGCUUGCUGGUGUCCUGGAACUGUGUAACUCUAAUGGUUAUAGUGGGGAAAUGAAGAAACAGAACAAGAAAUGGAGCAUGAAUUGUCUAUCUGUAGUCUCAGCCAGUACGAGCUUUCUGAAAAAUAAGCAAAUUACGAGUGCAGAGAUGAAUUUGCCUACAUUUGAGGUAUAUGUUGCUGGUUGUUUUUCUGGUGCUCCCAUUAUUUUGACCAAGACACUUCAGCUUGGUUUCCUCAAGAAGCAUCAGGUGAAGGUUAUGCUGGAUUCCAUGCCGGAGGAUGACACAACAGAAUUGAAGAAAGAAAUGGAUACUGAGGAUGCUUUGCAGUUAUCAGAAGAUCGAGGCCACAAACAAGAAACUGAUUUGGACAUUGACUAUGGCGACAUAUACAUGAGAGCUGAGUUUCUGGAAGAAGACUGUGAACUUUCAUGGUUCAAUGCUGGAGUGAGAGUAGGCGUGUGGAUUGGUCUUGGUAUUUGCCUUGGCAUUGGAAUCAGUGUUGGUUUGUUGGUCUGCACCUAUCAAGCCACCACCCGAAACUUCAAGAGGCGGCUCAUCCGAUGCUGGGACGAAAACUUUCAUAGUUGCAGCAGUUAUCAGAAUCACAAUCACCUGUCUCUGUUUAGAACCCUUGUUUGAUGAAGCAGGUAACAUGUUCUCCUCCAUGGUACGCAUUCUGCUGUGAAUGUGUCCAGAGCAGGUUUUGGUUUCUCACAUUGAAUAGUCGUGGUGUUUUGCUUGAGAAUAGAGGUUUUUUCAGGCAUUUGAGAUUCUUAUGGCAGCAUAUGCAUUCUCCUUCAGCAUCAGUCCAUGAGACCACACCUCUGCACCACUAGGUAGGAAGUUAUAUUACAUUCUUGUACAGGUCAUUUCAAUUUUUUUAAGCCAUGUCCACCAUUAUUGCUAGGCAAUGGAUGCUUUGAAAAUAGUCAUUUCAUCAACUCUUGUAGCAGUAUCAUCCCUCAUUAGAACAAAGUCAAAAUGGACCAUGUAGCUUUGACUUAAACAAAUCCUACCAGGAUAUGAAUCUGAUGGGACUCGAUCAGGCUUGAUGUAGAGCAUAUUAAUUUUAUAUGGCUGAAACCAUUGCAUUUUGUCUGA